AUGGCAGGAGAGCCAGAACCCCAGCAGCCAGGGAGCCAUGAGUGUCUGACCGGAGUCCCCUGGCUCCUGCUGCUUCUCUUCUCCUUGGGCCUCUUCUCUGUGCUUUUGUUGGCCACCCUGGUUCAAGGAUUCCGGAAUCUCCACCAGGAGAGACCCAGGAUGAUAGGGGGAUCCCCAGCUUGGGUGAGGAGUAACUGUGGUCCUGAGUUGGAGAAGGUGUGUGAUAUGGGCAAGUACAAGUACAAGGAUGCUGAAUGCAGGGCAGGAUGGGAGGCCAUGGAGCCCUGUGUGAUGUCCUGCAGGCUGGCAGUGCUGGAAGAAUCAGUGUCUGAGACUAGGGUUCCUCCCCAACAGAUUCCUUCCAGCUUGGAGCAGAUCCAGCAGCAGCUGAUCCAGAUCAAUGCCUCAUUGGUUGGUCUGUACUGCCCCUGCCCUUCAGACUGGGAACUCUUCCAGGGAAGCCGUUACCUCUUCUCAUGGACCCUGGGCAGCUGGCAGGCCUCCGUCUCUGCCUGCCAGGAUCUGGGGGCCCACCUGGUAAUCGUCAACAGCAUUGCAGAGCAGAGUUUCCUCAAUCACUGUCACAUUAGAAAGAAUGAACUCUCCUCAAUCAGCCUCAGAGAGGACAAACGUGAAGCUUCACGGCAGUGGGUGGACCAUACCCCUCUUGUUUGCAGCUUCUGGAAAGAGGGUGAGCCCAACAAUGAUGUAGAUGAGGACUGUGUGAAGCUGAGAGAGGAUAGAUGGAAUGACAGCACAUGCACGGCGCAGAAUUUCUGGGUUUGUGAGCAGCCAGCAGCUCCCUGCUCUGACCCUCAGGGUCUCUGCUCCUCUAGUCUGCAUGGGAGGAAGGAGAACGAGCCUCACCCCUCAUCUCUCCUGCUGAGAAAGCUGGCUUUAGACUUGGCUGUUGCCCCAGCUUCUCUCCCUGAUGAUGCUGAGGAUGCAGUUUUACCUGGGGUAUAG